GUUCAGAGUCAGAAUAACUUUAAAUCCCUGAAUUAAACCCACAAACAGGCUCUAACUUAGCGGACAAGAAUUAGACACUUUUCAGCUAAUUCUUGUAAUUUGUAAAAUGUACAAAAAAAUUGAAGAAUGAAGGGAAAAAAAAAAUCACAGUAAAAGAUUCUGGCUGUAUGAAGAUUUUGGACAGGGUGUAAUAGUUUAUUGAGAGGCAUUAAUGGCUCAUGUUGACUUGAAAAUUCUACUCCUUGCUUUGCGUUCGAAUGCAUGUUUCAGUCUUUCAGAUCCAGAUUUCAGAAUCAAAGAAGCUUAGUUUAAGUUGUGAGAAUUACCUUAAUUGUAGGCUUGUAAUAGUAUCUUUUUCAUAUAAUUUAUUGGAAAUUCUACUUUUGACAAUUUUCACUUUAUUUUAACACAUUACUCUUGACAUGUUAACUACCCCUUCAUAAAUGUUAUGAAUGAGGUAUGGCAUGAUGCAAUUAAUUCACUUGCUAGUUUUUUAUCUGCUUAGAUGACUUGCAACUGUUUUCAUGCCUUCUGUCAACUACUACAGAUGCAGAAGAAGAAAAAAAGUGUCUUAAAUAUACAUUUAUCUAUAAUUAUUAUUAAAUUUUGCUAUAGUGGCGUUUCGGCAUAGUUAAAAAAAGGACUUAUGCUAAGCAGUCACCAUGUGUUUUGGUCUGGCUCUGUGAAGGAAGUUCUGCAGGUUUUUAUAUAGUGCUUGUGCAUUUAGUUGCUGGCAUUGUGCUAAUUGUGGGACAUUUUAAGGGAUUUUAGGACGUGGGGUUUCGAGGAGAAUCGUGGUUUGGUUGUUUGUGCCGAGCCGUCUGCUAGAUCCAAGAAAGUCAAUUGCUAGAUGUUAGAAGUUUCUGAUCCUGUCGUGGCAAGAGCUGUGAGGCUGAGAGGUCAAGUUGAGAAAGAAUUCGCGUACAAGGACAGAACUUGCAUUUGCUAAAGACAAAUGUGAGGUGGUUUCUUUAUUCAGGAGCCGGCUUUAAAUCUAGUUUUCUUGUUGCAACUUCAUAGUUUGCAGGGCUGUAGACUGGAGUGCAUUGUUUUAGAACUAUAUAAAUAACUGGAGUUUGGUUUUGGACACAGAGUUUUCGUAAUUGUUUGAGUUCUGCAGCAUUCUGAUGAGAAGUCAUCUGAUUGCUGAUAUAAAGCACAGUUUCGGGUGAUUACUAAUAUGACAGAGCAGUCAAAGAGUAAUAGAAAGAAAGGGAAGGUGAAGUGGAGUAAACUGUAUACAUUCUCAUGCCUUAAACCGAAUUUUGAUGAUCAACAGCUUCUUGGUCAGCCGGGAUUUUCAAGGGUAGUUUUUUGCAAUAAACCCGAGCUUCAUAAGGCUAAACCAUACAAGUAUCCCAACAACUACAUAUCCACAACAAAAUACAAUGUUGUUAGUUUUCUUCCUAAAGCCCUUUUUGAGCAAUUCCGUCGAGUUGCAAAUUUGUAUUUCCUUCUGGCAGCUAUAUUAUCUGCUACAUCCUUAGCUCCAUUUACUCCUACAAGCAUGAUUGCUCCUCUGGUAUUUGUCGUUGGGCUUAGCAUGAUCAAAGAAGCAGUGGAGGACUGGAGUAGAUUUUUGCAGGAUAUGAAGGUAAACUCUAGGAAAGUGAAGGUUCACGCAGGGAAUGGUAUAUUUGUGGAGAGAGCUUGGAGAACCCUUUUAGUUGGAGAUGUUGUAAAAGUUACAAAGGAUGAAUAUUUUCCUAGUGAUCUUUUACUAUUAUCUUCUAGCUAUGAGGAUGGUGUCUGCUAUGUUGAGACUAUGAACCUUGAUGGUGAAACCAAUCUGAAAGUUAAAAGAUGCUUAGAAGCCACUCUCAAUCUUGAUGAAGAUUCGGGACUAAGAACAUUCAGUGCAACUAUCCGCUGUGAGGAUCCAAACACCAACCUUUAUACUUUUGUGGGAAAUUUGGAGUUUGAGAAGGACUCGAGCCCCUUGAGCCCAGAUCAAGUGCUUCUACGUGACUCCAAACUUCGAAAUACAGACUACAUUUAUGGAGUGGUAAUCUUCAGUGGCCCAGAUACAAAAGUAGUGAGGAAUUCCACAAGAUCUCCAUCUAAACGUAGCCGGAUUGAGAGAAAGAUGGACCACGUAAUCUAUGUUCUCUUCUCCAUACUGGUUCUUAUAUCUUUAGUCACCUCAAUUGGUUCUGCAAUAUUCACAGAUCACGAUAUGGUCAAUGCAUGGUACCUUCGCUUGAAAGUUGAAGAAAGUACAGAUCCUUCAUUUGAUCCAAAAGAUAAAGAAAGUAAAGAUCCUUCCUUUGAUCCAACAGAGCCCCUGGUCUCAUGUUUUUACCAGUUUGUAAGGGCCCUCAUUCUGUAUGGAUACUUGAUUCCUAUUUCCCUCUACGUGUCCAUAGAAAUUGUCAAAGUUUUACAAGCUAUGCUCAUAAACAAGGAUCUGCAAAUGUAUGACAAAUUAUCAUGCAAGUCGGUUGAAGCCCGUACUUCAAAUUUAAAUGAAGAGCUUGGUCAGGUGGAGAUCAUUUUGUCAGAUAAAACAGGAACUUUGACAUGUAAUCAGAUGGAAUUUAGGAAAUGUUCGAUUGAAGGCUUAUCAUAUGGGGGUGAUACAACUGAAAUUGAUCUUGCAGCUUCUAGACGAAUGAAUAUUGAAAUUGAGAGGUAUCGGUUUAGUUUAGAUGGAUCAGAUUCAACAAGUCGAAGCUUGGAAAUGUUUGAGAUCUCGGCAGAGAAUUCUAGCACAGACAAAGUAACUCUAGCUAAUGAUCAAGGUAUGGAGAAUUUCGGUGCUGGAAAUUUAGGGUAUUCUGUCUCUGGAAAAGAAGCUAAUAUAAAGGGCUUCAAUUUUAGGGAUUCCAGACUGUUAAGAAAAUUGUGGAUCCAUAGGUCAGAGAUAUCGAACAUGAUGAUGUUUUUCAGGGUCAUGGCCUUGUGUCACACAGGCAUACCAAUUGAAGAUAGUCAGACUGGUAAGUUAAAGUAUGAGGCAGAAUCUCCUGAGGAAGUAUGCUUUCUAAUUGCAGCUCAAGAAUUUGGAUUUCAAUUCUGCCGAAGAACUCAAUCCAAACUGAUCAUCAAAGAACCAAAUCCUUCUGGUGUUGAGGUGGAAAGGGAAUACAAGCUUUUGAACCUACUUGAAUUCAAUAGCUCUCGGAAAAGGAUGUCUGUGAUUGUCAGGGAUGAAGAUGGUCAUAUCUUCCUCUUUUGUAAAGGAGCUGACAACAUCAUCUUCGAUAGGCUAGCAGAUGGUGGUAGGACCUAUCAACAGGCAACGACAAUGCACCUCUCAAACUAUGCAGAAGAUGGCUUGCGCACCAUGCUUUUUGCAUAUAAACAGAUUGAUGUCACGGAGUAUGAAAACUGGAACUUACAAUUCAUGAAAGCCAAGGCUACAAUUGGUUUUGAAAGAGAAGAACUUAUUGAGGCUGCCUCCGAAAUUAUUGAGAAGAAUCUAUAUUUGUUAGGAGCUGUAGCUGUUGAUGACAAGUUACAAGAUGGGGUUCCAGAGUGCAUAGAUAAACUUGCACAAGCUGGCAUGAAAAUAUGGCUUCUCACUGGAGACAAGAAGGAGACUGCAGUCAAUAUUGGAUUUGCUUGUAGCUUACUUCGACAUGAUAUGCAGCAAAUUCGUAUAAGUUUGAGCAAAGAAGCUGAAUCAACCAAUCAAGUGAAGGCAAUGAAAGAAGACAUCUUACAGCAAAUUGAGAGUUCAUAUCAGUUAACCAUUAAAGAAGAAAAUAGAGAACAUCCUUUUGCAAUGGUAAUAGAUGGAAAAGCACUCCAAAUUGCUCUGGCAAACGAUAUGAGGCAGAAGUUCUUACGGUUAGCUGUGAGUUGUGCUGCUGUUAUAUGCUGCCGAGUUUCACCAAAGCAAAAAGCAUUGAUUACUAGAUCAGUGAAGGAGUACACCGGCAAGACAACCUUGGCUAUUGGAGAUGGAGCAAAUGAUGUCGGUAUGAUUCAAGAAGCUGAUAUUGGAAUCGGAAUCAGUGGCAUGGAAGGAAUGCAAGCUGUUAUGGCAAGUGACUUUUCAUUGCCUCAAUUUCGUUUCUUGGAGCGGCUUCUAAUAGUUCAUGGACACUGGUGCUAUAAGAGGAUAUCGAAGAUGAUUCUCUACUUUGUAUAUAAGAAUGUAGCAUUUGGCUUAACUCUAUUCUACUAUGAAAUUUACACAUCAUUUUCCGGGCAAGUGCUGUACGAUGACUGGUAUUUAGUUAUGUUCAAUGUCCUCCUGACAUCCCUGCCUGUUAUUGCAUUGGGUGUUCUUGAGCAAGAUGUUUCAGCAGACACCUGCCUUCAGUUUCCAGCACUAUAUCAGCAAGGACAAAGGAAUAUGUACUUCAGCUGGAAGCGAAUCAUCGGCUGGAUAACAAACGGAAUCUUUGCUUCUUUGGCCAUUUUCAUGCUAAACAUCUACAUACUGUCCCCAACUGCAUUCUUGAAAGAUGGAAAUGUUGCAGACAGUGCACACAUUGGUGCCAUUAUGUACACCUGCGUAAUCUGGACAGUCAAUUGCCAAAUCGCCUUAAUCGUCACAAAUUUCACCUGGAUUCAACAUUUUUUCAUAUGGGGAAGCAUCUUAUCUUGGUACAUCCUCAUAUUUCUCUAUGGAGUACUCCCACCAAAGUACUCUUACAGACAAUUUCAACUCUUCGUAGAAGCUAUAGCCCCUGCACCAAUAUACUGGACGGCUACAUUGCUCAUCGUAGUGGUUGCUCUUCUUCCAUAUUUCAUUCACAUUGUCAUUCAGAGAUCAUUUUAUCCCAUGGACGAUCACGUGAUCCAGGAAAUGAUAUACUGCAUGACUGAUGUCACCGACAGUCCUGCGUGGUUGAGGGAACAAGAAAACUCAAAGAAGAAGACUCAUAUCGGAUUUUCUGCUAGGGUUGAUGCAAAGAUCUUACAUUUGAAGGAGCAGUUACACAGAAAGAAGACAUUAAUUUUUAAAUCUUUCGUUAAUAGUCCUAUAUAUAGAACAAUGACAAAUAGUCCCUUGUCCUGACCACUUAGAAUGAUAGAUAUAUACAUGUUCAUCAUCUUCAAGGCCAUGCCUUUCUUCUUUCAAUCUUUUAAUAACUUUCUUUCAUCUUUAUUAUAUUAAAACAAACUAGAAGGGUCUUUGUAAGUUGUAAAUCAGUCACCUUCUUUCUAGACAGUUUUGUUUUCUUGUAAAAUCUUUGAAACAAUGAAAUAUAAUCCUUGUUGAGGUGCUU